UGAGAAAAGUCUUUUUUGUGGUGGCAAUGGAUUCAAGAGUGUGUACACCACUGCCCUUCCUGUUAUCUAUAAAGUGUCUAUGGCCCUGAAGUCMAAAGCUAUCCCUGUAAAUACUGGACUUGCUUUGGCGAUAAUAGUAUUUGUCAAUGGAAUGACCAAUGAAACUAGAGACUUACAGUCCAUACAAGGAAUGAAUCAGACUUUGAGCAAAUUGUAURUAACCUGGGAAUUGAAUGAUUCUCCCUGGAACUACAGCAUUCAUUCACUUGAUGGAAAUGAAACCAGAACUAACAAGACAAUUGGGUUUUCAAUCCCUGGAGAAUACAAGUUGUGUGUAAAAGUUAAAAACCUGGUAUCAGAAGCUUCAGAGUGUAGAGAUUUAGACGUUCUUGUUCCUGUGUCUGGUAUUCGUCUUGUUGAUGUGAAACCAAAAACAAAAGCUUUAGUAGAUGGGCAAAAUGCAACACUUAUUAAAUUUCGGGAAGACUUAUUUCUUAAAGUGUCCSUUGAUGAAGGUUCAAAGGUUGAUUUUAUUGCAUCCUUUGCUGAUGGAUCAUUACCAGUUUUUAUCUCAACAAAAAAGAUGAAAAAUCCUUAUGCUAAGGGCUUAAAAUGUAUAACAAUAUGGCAUAAGUAUCUACAAUGUGGUAACUAUACAGUUCAAGUGGAUGUUUCUAAUGCCAUUGGUAAUGUGAGUUUGCCAGUAAUUCCUGUUAAUGUCCAGAAACCAGUCUCCAGCAUAAAAUUUUCUCUUAUUGGUGGUUUGCCUGGUGAAUGGGUAAAAAUCAAAGUCCGCAAUAAUGAUGAUUACUUGUGCAGCUUUAGAUUUAAUUGGACAUUUGAUGAUUGGAAAACUGUCAACACAACAACAGUGCCUUACAUAAAGCAUAAAUUUUAUGAAGUGAAGAAGCAUAUGUUUUCAUUGAAAGUUUUCAAUGACAUAAAUGAUCAAACUGUAAAUGGAAGUGUGUAUAUACAAACACCACUAAAAAAUGUAACAUUGUCCAUCGAAGGAAAUAACUCAUCACCCAUACACAUAUUUGAGUUGGGUAACAGCUGGGUGAAAUUGGAUGCCGCAACUUUCCCAUCCUUUCAUCAAGUUCAUUUUACAUGGUAUUCUAAUAGAAAGGAGAUGACUUCUGGGUUUUCUGCAAGCCUUAAAAAAAAAUUCCGUGAAAUAGGAAGAUUCCAAAUUCAAGUUUUCGCCAGAAACUUUUUUGUGAAUAGUAGCUUAACAGUUUCAUCCAACACUUUGAUUAUUGUAAUUGAGGAACGUAUUAACAAGGUUACACUGGAGCACAGUAUGGUUACUGUAUCCAAACAGAAUUUCUCCUUCACUGUGAAAUUAARUGGUGGCAGCAAUGUCAAUAUUCUUUGGGAUUUUGGUGAUGGAAGUACUAUGACCUCAACUGAUUUACAAGUAACUCACUACUAUAAGAAGGAAGGUCUUUACAAUGUAAAAGUGUUGGCAUACAACAAUGUUAGCCGAGCAGAUGACAGCAGCUCAAUAUUUGUCACUAAGAUUCCUUCAUGUCAACCUCCAAAUGUUAAAAUUAUUGGCUGGAGAAGUUUCAAGAUUUACAGGUUUGAAGAAGUGAAUAUAGAAAGUCAAGUGAAAAUUGACUGUAGCUGGGAAGAUUUUUCUCUUCUUUAUGAGUGGAAGAUCAUCCCAGAAUCUAAGAAGGCUUUCAAAGCAAAUAUAUCCUCUCUGAAAGUUUCUGAAUCUGUUCUGAUUAUACCACCCAAUACYUUGAAUUAUGGAAAGUAUGAUGUCAUACUGAAGGUUUACAAAAACAACACUGUUCUUUCUGAUGAGAAAAAAAUUGAGAUCAUUGUUGUCCAACAUGGUUUAAUUGCAUCGAUUCAAGGUGGCUCAAUGCGUGUUAUUGGCUAUGGGAGUAAAGAUCCAAUCAUCCUUGACGGCAGUGAGUCAAGAGAUCCUGACUUUCCAAAUGAAAGCGAGAAGCUAAGGUUCAAGUGGGAGUGCCAUCUUUUGAACAACACUAAUGCCACUCCAUGUUUUGAUCAACAAUCAACGAAAAUUGAUUUUAAUCGGGCAGUCUUUGAAUUGCCAUUAAAACAUCUUCCGGAAGGAUUGGAUGCUCUCUCGGUAACACUUACAGUCAGCAAGGAAGGCAUGGAUAACAAGAGCACUUGGCAGAUCCUUAGGAUGGUCAAUGAUAAGCCACACUUGUUGUCGGUACGUUGUCCACAAUGUGAAAAUGCAAAGGUGAAUUAUAAUGAUGCAUUGAUUGUACAAGGGAAAUGUACGACAUGUACUUGGAAAGAUCAAAACCUCCAUUUAAAAUGGCAACUUUAUCUUGUGAGCAAAGACAAACAUUUUGAGCAAGACAAAUGUGUUAACCUUUCGCAAAUGCCUCACCAACGAGAUGCAUUUCAUAGAGAAGCACCCCCUUUAACGACAGUCAGGUCAGCAUACAAGUUUGAUGUACCUCAGUCAAUGCAACAACCUGUGACAUCACCAACAUGGCGUGGACGAUCUACUGGAAGGCCUAGACCUGAUGUCAUCAAGACCACAAAAAAUCCUUACACUAGUUUUGCAACCACAGGCCCAUAUCCUGAACCAGCUAUAAUAGAAGCAGGUGAAACCUGUAAUUCAUCGCUAACGGUUCCAUCAAAUUGUAAACAAACAUCCAAGAACUCGUACUGGCUGUGUGUUACUAGUAGACCAACUGUUUCAAGUCGACGUGGUCGCUACACAGGUGGAUCUGUAAAUACAGGAUCAGGCACUUUACCAAAUUCUCCACAAACAUCUAGAGGAAGCAUAGACGUUACACAGCGUACAUUGACAACGACCCAGAUACCAUUAAGAACUAAGCCUGCUACAACACCAAGUCAUACCAAAGAAAAAACCCAAGCUUUGUAUGAGCCUACUUAUGUUGUUCCGGAGGCAGCUGAUCGUCAUCGCUUGCUAAGUAUUGAACGGAAACAAUAUGACAUGACACACUUUAAGACAAAAACUGGCUUGAACAACCUAAAUUUUGUUUUGAACAAGGAGAAUCUCGUCAGUGGUAAAACAUAUAUGGUAGCAUUGAAUGUCAAAUCAGGUUUGAAUUCGGACAGGCAAGGCAUGGCAAAUAUUUUUUUUAAAGUUAAUGAYAUUCCAACCAUUGGGAGGUUUGGUGUUGAGCCACCGUCAGGGCAAGAGAUUGAAACAGAAUUCAAGCUCAAGUGUCAAGACGAAAGUGACAAACGACUUAAUUACCGAGUAACGUACAAGAUUGAUGUAAAGGAAGACAGGGAAUUUCUUCUCUAUUCAGGAACUAACUUAGAGCCAUCAUUCACAUUGCCAUCUGGGCUAAAAGAACAAAAUUUUAGUGUCACGUUGUUCAUUUCUGCAUAUGAUGACAAAGGCAGUACAGUACAAGUGUGUCCCAAGACCAUAAAAGUUAAACCUACAAUAAUUCAUAAUGUUUCAUCUGAAGAAUAUCUCUUAAACAAGACCAGGAGUACCUACAUGCAGACUUUGAUWAAAGUUGGCAAAGAACAACAAGUAAAGCAAUUUGUUAAAGUUUUGUCUGAAGCACUCAACAGACUUUCUCCUGUCAAAAACACRAGCUCAAAAUUCCAUUUAAGGAAAGAGGCACGACUUGAGAUGGUGAAUGUUAUCAGCAAAUUUAGAAUUCGAGAUAUGACAUCAGCUAUUCAAACAGCAGAGGCUCUUGAAGGUCUUACAAGAGUGAAGACAGAACUAAAUAUUGAAGAACUUGAGUUGAUAUCACAUCUGAUGCUUGAAGCAGAGAGUCAGAUAGUGAAACAAGCCUCGCAGAAAUCAAAUGCAUUGACCACAAACCUUCUUAACUUGUUAACCAAAGCUCUAUCAAACGUCCUGGCUGGCUCUMUGCAAUUCCAAAGAUCUCACCCCGUUAAACAUAAGAAAAUCCAACUUCAAAGCAUGAAGGGUAUUCACGAAGUAACAAAGUAUAAUCUCAAAACCUUAGUACUUGGUGAAAAAAGCUCGAAGGUURUUCAGCCUUCCUUCAGUGCUGUAAUAUCUCAGUCAAAACUGAUGCAACAGUCCAACUGGACACUACGUGAUGUUACAUUUCUCUUGCCCUCCCAAAUGGACAAAGAACUAGGACUAGAAAACCGUUCGUUUUCUACUGCCUGUGUGGGCACUACUAUGGUUGUAUAUGAAGAAAACCCGUAUACAUGGAAUACUAGUGCAAAUCAAUUGUACGAAACUAAGGCAUCAAGCUUAGUGUUAAGCAAUUGUAAUGCAGAACCAAUCAAUGUGCGUCAUUUACAAAACGAGAUUGAAGUGACUUUGCCUUGGUUAGUCAAAGAGGUAAAAAGUGCCAACDAGCUCUACACAGUGAAUUGGCAGUAUCUUAACAUUCACUCUGUGCAUUUUAAUCCCUCCAUGGAGAACCACACUUUGCAGCUAGACAUUCAAAUACUAUCGAAACUUGAUCAGGGAUUGGUACUUAGAAUAUUUGUCAGUUUUAACAGCAAAGAGGACAUACAAACAUCAACCGUAUUAAAAUCUUCUUCUGGGGGUUCAGUUCGUUUCAAGUUUACCGCCAAAGACCUAAUAAAUGCAUCGAGUGUUAUACGUAUUGGUAUUGUCAUGAAAGAUACAGACCUCAACAGAAUUAAAAAGAUAUUUAGUGCUGCACCUGUAAACUACUCUAUCAGCAGUAAGUGGAUUGGUUGUUACUACUGGAAUGAAGAGAARCAGACAUUGUCUACCCAGGGCUGUUUGCCUACUGACAACACCACUGAUACGUUUAUCAAGUGCAGGUGUAAUCAUUUAACAACAUUUGUUGGUAAGGCGUUUUGGUCGCCAAACCCAUUAAGGGUCAAAGAUCUGAGGGACAUCCAAAGCAUAUCAUGGAACCCUGUGUGUUUGKCAUUGGUUUUGUCUUUAUUUGGUGUGUAUAUCGUGUUGCUUGUCUAUUGUUACAAACUGGACAAGAAUAAAAGCAAGGAUAAAGAAGGCGAAAUAAUCUUGGCCAAUGUGCUUUGCAGCCGUAUUAUCUACAGGUACAAAAUCACCGUUGAAACAGGCCACUGGUUUGGUUCUGGAACCUCAUCGUCAGUUGUGAUGCGCAUGUUUGGUGAUUCGAAUACCUCUGACCCAAUAGAACUGAAGUCCAAUGAUAAACCUCUCUUUAGGAGAGGGUCCAAAGAUGUCUUCAUUUUCGAUUCUCCGUGUGAUUUGAGCCCUUUGAAGAAGAUCCAUGUUUGGCAUUACAAUGAUGGAGAUAAUCCAAGCUGGUAUUUGGACACGAUCACUAUACAGGACAUGACUACGGGCGAAAAAUGGUAUUUUGAUAACUAUCGAUGGCUUGCUAUAGACGAAGACGAUGGCAAGGUUGACGUGGAGAUUUUCCCUGUAGAUKGCAAGACACACGUUUCGAAGAUACAACUGUAUUACCAUGAAGGUCGUAGAUACUUACUGGAUUAUCACCUUUGGCUUUCGGUUUUUGCUCGGCCAUCGUCGAGUUUUUUCAAUCACAAACAGCGGCUGACAUGUUGCUUUUCACUAAUACUGAGCUUUCUUUGUGUUAAUGCUGCCUGGUUCCAUGUCACAUCGUCUGGAACAAAGCUCUACGAGAUUCUUGGUUUCUUGGACGUAAGAUGGGAGACUGUGUUGUCUGGCAUUYUGUGUAGCMUUGUCGUUCUGCCUGGAAAUCUCUUAUGGAUUAUCAUGUUUAGAUAUGCGAAGUAUGACAGAAGCUCAAUAGAUUCUGUGUUUCCAAAUUUAGAGGAUUAUUCUUACUAUUCAGUCUUCGAUGUACAAACAGCCUGUCCAACGAAAGCGCCACCAAGCCCUCUGCUACGCGACGACAUGUCUUCAUCGAAUUCUGAACAACCCUCUCAAGGACCCAAAAACACGUUCUGGUUGCCACACUGCUUUGUUUCUAUUGCCUGGUUUGGAUGUGGCUUAACUAUUCUUGCUUCAGGGUUUAUUACAGUCUGGUACGGACUAAGUUUUGGUCGCCAAAAGUCCAUUCUUUGGCUUCAGUCGCUCUGUUUUUCUGUGGUGGAGUCGGUGCUCAUCUCUCAGCCUUUUAUGAUACUUGCUGUCCUACUGUACACCAUGUGCUCGAAUUUGAUAAGAAAAUCACCUUCAAAAGUCGAACCAAUAAGUGARGACGAUAAAUCACGAAAAAACAUAUCAUCUUCAAGAACCAGCGAUGAUUACAUGAAUUUGAAAACCGCACUUGACGCAAGAAGGCAUCAGCGAUAUUUGAAGUUCCUUAAACCUCUCAACAAAGCGUUGCUAUUUGACGCCUGUGAAAAGAAACAUGUUCGAAAAGUUGUGUAUGAUUACGUUAGGGACGUUAUUGCAUGUUUGGUUGGGAUAUUCUUGGUUUGUGUCAUAGUCAAUAGUAUGUACUGUAGAUCAGCCUUCAACAUAAAGAAGUCUGUACAGAACACAAUACUCAAACACUCUGCCAAUGAAAUGGGAAGCGUUCCACCUGAUCUCUGGUGGAGGAAUAAUCAUGAAGAAAUCGUGAACUUGUUGUAUUGGAGACCGUAUGAAUGGUCAUCACGAAAGAACCGAACAUCCCAAAUAUUCUUCAAAGAUACUUUGAGUGUUCUUGUUGGAAAGCCACGUAUCCGUAAAUACACUACAAGAAARCACGAGAAAUGCAGUAAUGUUGACGUGGAUGGAUCAAAAACAAAGAGAAUUUGCCGAUCAAGGUGUCUGAAAGACAGUGGUCAAUGGAGCUCUGUCGAGCUAAGUAGAACGAAAGCUAUCGCCAAGGAAAAGCUAAAAGACUUAAUAACGAGGGAAUGGAUAUCAAUGUGUACAGAACAUAUCUCUAUUGACUUUGUUCUGUAUGCAGCAGCACUGGAUGUGUACAGUGCUGUAUCUUGGGAAGUCAAUGGCCCCAACUCAGGUCAACCGUUGAUUAAAAUACAAGUCAAGUCUAUCAAAGACGCUUUUAAGAGCACUGCUUUGGACAUCUUUUUGAAAGUUUGCAAGGGAGUUUUUGUCGCUACGUUUGUAUUCUGUUUGUACAGCGAGUUGGUUUAUCUCACUAAGUAUAAAUCAAAGUAUUUCAAGAGUGUCUGGAAGUUYAUCGAGGUAUUAUUCCUGCUGCUAUCAGCUAUAUCAAUAGUUGCUUAUGUGCACUGGUCAGUAUCAGUUUACUCGUUGAUUCGAGAGAUUCUCAGUGAAAGUGGACAUGAUGUUUACGCUGCUGUAUCACUGGUGCACCACAGGCAGGAGUUGUUAAUCAUUGUGUACAGCUUGAUUCUAUUUCUACUGGUCUUGAAAAUCAUCCAUCUCAUGAAAGUUUUCACGUUUGUACAGCGGUUUUGCUACCUACUUUGGACAACUUUUGGCUUUCUGGCUGCGUUAAUGGYAUUUGUGUUAAUAUCUGUAAUAAUGCUUUCUCACUUCGGUUAUCUGUUGUUUGGACGAAUAUAUUUGGACUUCGCGACAUUCUCAAGAAGUCUUGUGUACACGUUUGGACUUCUGCGACUCAGAGGAAAAACUGAACAAAGAGAGAGUGUUUGUUUGCCUAUUAUAUACUACUUUACCAGUGUSUUUUUGUUGGUAGUGGUUUUGCGAGGAUUGAGUAUGGCCAUUUUCAAUUGGUCUGUUCAUUCAAUAAAGCGAAGGCAAUAUCCAACACACCUGUUGAUUGACUAUUUGAAAAACUUGAAUCGUGUUGGUGUCCGAAAGAAAACUAUCGACGAUGAUGAUGAGUCAGAUGAUGAAGAUGGAGAAAUCAUUCCUGUGGAAUAUGCGUGCGACGAAGUGGAAAUCCAAAUGGGAGAAUUGCUCUUCAAGAUGGAAAACCUAGUCGGUGAGAGCAAAUUAGCAGAUCUGUGUCUCUCGUCCUCUUCAGAUCUAUUACUGUCGAGUGAUGCAGAGUUCGACUAUGACUAUGAUGUGGAGUAUCUAUACCGUCAGGGAGAAUUCGACAUUGACCCAGGAAGUGGUUAUGAUAGUGAUCAAAGCCUUUACUCACACGGCUCUGGAAGUGCUGUUGAUUCUCAAGAGGGUUUAACAGAUCUGGAACUGCAAAGRAGGAUUUCCAACAGUAGCUGUUUAACGACAUCCAUGGACGGUAAUCCACCUUCUCCAUUGUAUGUCAAGCAUAUUGAAUCUAAAGUGAUGAAUAACAGUGGGAUGAACAUCACUCAUGUUAGAGRAACUGAGGAUGUCCAACACGAAAGAAUAMUCCAAGAAACUAAAAGCACCCCAAAGCAACUAUACCGAAGUCAGAGUAACAGCCUAACAAGUCACAGUGGUGAUCUGCAUGAUCCAAGCUUGAUAGUAAAGAACCAAAGUCGAAAGUCAUCUUUAGAMAACAAUCGWWYCAAAACYAAACAGACRUAUCAUCCACUGACUCGGAAACCCAAAUUCCGGCAGGGGCAAAUCUGYCUUGAUGAUGUCCCAAAAGAUAUUGGUUUGACAAGUAGCRCCGGMCUGGGUGACUGUAMAUUUUCUGGGSAAAAUCGCUCUCGCGCGCAAGGAAAUCGGACGGCGACCCCUAAAAAGCCAAACUACCUAAGAACAUUAGGGCUGCUCCCAAAGACAAGUGUCGCUCCAAUAGACGAUCGUUAUGAAAAGCCUCUUUUAAAAGAUGAUGCCUUUAAUAGUAGCGGCGAUAGCAGGCAGUUUACCAGUGAUUCUAGCACCUGUGCACAAAACCAACCGUCGUCCAGCUCAUCGAAUAAUUUCUAUGGCUUCGAUGCUCCAUCGUCGCCGUCUGAACCUGGGUUCAGUAAUAAUGGCUUUUAUGAAGACAAUCAAGAUGUGGAAUCAGUUAUCAGUGAUGAUGAGGAAGUACCUUUACCUGGUCUAAUAGGUGAUAUAUGUACGAACAAUGAUAUAGGGACAAACAUAGGGCCAGAUGCACCCAAAAAAAUCUGAAUUCUCUCCCUUUCUCUCCAGUAYAUAUUAAGAACAAUUAUUUGACGCAAGUCAAUUUAUAUCACUAAUCAGGUAUAUAUAUCAAAUUAUAUUAACAUUAGAGUGAUUUUCAUAAAACCGUGAAAUACAGUGAAGAAAUACACAGAAAUUAACUCUAUCCUAGUUUGCUCAUAUCGUUAAUAAAUAGUUGAGGGAAAUUUUUCACGGUUUUUUUGUAAAACACUCUACCAAUAAGCAAAAAAACAAAAACUAUACAAACAACUAUUAUAUAUUUUAACAAGCGUUUUAAAGAAUUAUACAUAGGUAUUAUUAUAACAAUUAUUACAAAUAUUUUAUUUACAUCAUAUGAGACCGAUGCCCUUUGGCAGGUGGUGCUUUCCUCUUCCCAAGGGGACUUAUGGGAAGGACACGUAAUUCGAAACACGUGCUAAAUGUAAUAUGCGCGUUUAUUUUUAUAUUCAACACAACUCAUGUCUAUUUUAAMAGUUUCUMUGUUGAACAUUCCAAUUGAWCUCGGAGAUUGCGUUARCAAUCGAAGAGUUAUUAAACAAUUAUUCGAAAAUACUUGUAURCUCCAUAUACUCCACACUUGUAUUGUACGCUGUAAACGAGUCGCAAAGCGAGUCGAUCGGUAUUAUGUAUCAUGURAGUGACGUUGUAAUUUUGUGGGCGAUAUGAAACCACCAACAUUUAAGAGAARUCAUUAAACCCGUGAAACAAAAAYUGUCYUUUAAAAUGUGAUAGCCAAAURGACACAAAAGAAAAUAAUUUCAYGURUAUUUUGACUAAACUCUARMGGAUUUAAGUCAUUGACGGCGUGGAAUAGAUAUUGCACGAAUAAACAUUACGCUCAUUUUUUUGCAUUUCACGGAUUUAACGAGUUCUAACUUUUUUUUUUUUUUUUUUAACUCGCAGUGAGGGCUGGGCGGUUAUUUGAAUUAAAACAAAAUUUCAACGACAUAUAAUGUUUACAGACCAAGAUAAUUAAAAUUUGUAUUUAUGCAUUUGUAUUUAUUCCCUGCUAGCAGAGUCUCUCUUGUUGUUGCUCUCGACAGGUAUUCCAAAGAAGUCUCUGGACUCGUCGAGGACUACAACAAGAAAGACUGUGCUAGAAGGGAAUCUUUAUGAGAUAUUGAGAAGAAAAUUAUAUAUUUGAAUGAUAAAUAGUACAUUAUAUUUUUUUUGUAAACAAAAUUUAUCCAGAGCAAUUAAAUGUUAUUAAAGGAAUUGUUUCAA